AUCUACACUCGUGCCUCGAUGGACACGGAUCCCCCGACGUACUGCACCAUGUUCCACCACAUGGUCAAGAACGGAGGGACAGCGGUAAGAGAUGAGCUGAUCCUGGCCAGCGAGAGCCAGGGGCGAGAUACCCCAGGCCUGUGUGUGACAGGGCCAUCGUCUGCAGAGGCCUGCCUUGACGCGCUACACCACUCGUCUGUCAUCAUGGGCUACGUCGAGUUGUUAAGGAAUCCGAUGGAGGAGCUGGGGCGGCAGUGCGACUACUUCACGAUGAUGAGACAUCCCAUCGAUCGCCUGGUAUCGGCUUUCUACUACUGUCCGACCGUGAACGACAAGCAGGUUCGGCCGAGUAAGUGGUGUGGGGGUCAAAGCCACCCGGAACCGUUAACAUCUCGGCUGCUAGGCUUUGCGAGGGAGGACUGGAUGUGCAAGGCUAUGCUCCAGCUCAGCUUCGCCUCUUACUGCCCCCCCGGCGCCUUCUGCGAGCAGGAUAUGGUCGACAACCCACCGACGCAUCUCAACGACGUUGAAGACUGGAGUCUGCUGGCCGUCGCAGAGGACGUCCUUCUGAGCUACACCGCUGUGGGAAUUUUCGAGGAAUGGGAACUGUCGAUGGAGCUGUUUGACGCCGUAAUCAGCAGCCCGGUGCAACAGUGGGGCGGCGGGGAGGCCGUCAACCCGGGCCCUCAGUCGGGCGAGCGAGAGAUGCUGCUUCGGUGGGCGCAUAGCUCUCCUGAGAUAAGGCAGGCCGUGGGGGGAGACCUCCUGCUGUACGACCUAGCGCUGUCGAUCUUCAAGAGGCAGACCGCGGAGGCGCUGGGGACGGUUUGGAAGAACGGCGGGACGAGCUUAGCGAGGGAAUCGAAAAAACUUGGAUCGUACUACUGAGUGGACGGUACGGUCAUCCACGGGUACUGGACCUCUGGAACCCCGCUUGAGCAGGCAGACCCGUGCUUGCGGAUACCCCCGCGUCUGCGUGCACCGUCGUGUGUUCGUUGUGUUCUCCUGGUACAUGUUGACCUUGUCUCUCGUGUGUUAUAAGCCUAUAUACGUUGGUGUAGAGGGUGGAGAAGAGCUUAGCAUGAUUGAGCCGGGUUUCGAUGCGGCUUUCGCAUCUUUGACAGCAGUGGCCACGACUACCCCCACCCGCAGAACAACAGCCAGGGGGGGGGGGGGGGGCGGAGGGGAGUUCGCGUUUCUGCUGUGAGCUUGGGUCAAGCUUGGAGAAAACCGAGCGGGGGCAAAGCACCCGCUCCUCUCCGAAACACCUGCGGUGCCAUAUGUUGAAUAUGGGCAACGGCAGGCGUGACGUUUCGGUGUCCGUGUGACUUGUUCUGUUGGUUGUCGGUACACAGCGAUAAUAGUGCUGCCAUGCGCGUGCUCAGCCCCACCCGUGUUUGCUGUGUAACGCCUUUCGUGUUAUGCCAUCUCGUCAUUCUGUUUGCUCCUUGGUAGCGUAGACGAUAUAGACGCUAUAGUAGCUCUUCAGGUGCGGUGGGCUUGUGGCUCGUGCCGUAACGCGUUGCCCGCGAAAGGAGAGCUGCCACUGGCAUGCAUACGCGUUGUGGAGUGUAGUAUUUUUUUUUUUAAUGUUCGUCCCGCAAAUAUGUCCUUGCCGGGAUCCCGCGAUGGCAACCCUGUGGUCAGGAUUUUGCUUAGCCCCUGUGGCCUGAUAACACAGCCGCAGGCGGUGAUUCCCCUAGAUUCGAGAGCAGUGCAUGGGACCCCCGGUUACUGUGUCAAAGAGAUCGCCGAUCAAUGGAGGUGAUGUGUGUGGUAGCAACAGCGCCAACCAGGCGUCGAUCCCGUGGUAACUAGCAGUUUGCGACAACCACGAUAGGAGUGCUACUGUAGUUGCUGUUGGUUAUGCGGAGGACAAAGCCGAGGAGAACUGUUGCCCUUCUUCGCGUGCUGCCGCUUCGUGUUUGUUUCCUCGGUUGAUGUCCGUUGACGGAACCUACUUUAGUGGUGGCGAGGGUAGUGCGUUAUAUUAGUACGAUGGUGCAGUGUUUGUUUGGGCAGAGUGGUGUGUCCAACUCCACUCCGCCCUAGGGUUUCCUUUUCCUUUCUCGUUUUCGUUUUUUGUCGCUGUUCAAUUUUGAUGGAUCACCCUUGUUCCUCGUCGUCGCGCUGUUAGUGUCGCAUUGCCAAUCAUGGUACAUAGAACAGGACCCACAAGUGGUUGCCGUUGUUGAUUCCUCCCGAAGUGCGUUCGAGUCAAGGCUGGAGGCAUGCGCAUGAGUACGCCGUAGGUCGUCUAUGAAAGACCUAUUUGCAAAGCUC